AUGCCUACCAAAACCCCCACCACCUCGGACUUCCCCAAUCUCACAGUAACCAUCACACACCCCUCCCCCUCGUCAACCUCCACCCCAUCCCCAAACAUUCUUCUUCUCCUGCACGGCCUAGGCGACACAGCCGCAGCCUUCACCAACUUUGCCCAAGCCCUCCGCCUCCCAGAGACAACAAUCAUAACCAUCCAAGGCAUUGCCCCGCUCCCCUUUGAUCUAGGCGGUUUCCACUGGGGCGAUGAUGUCUCCUUCAACUCCUCGACCGGCGCGCUAGAUAUGGAUGCUGGCUUUGACAAGGCAACCAGGUUGCUCUCUGGGAUGGUCCGGAGCAUAUUAGUUGACCGGUGCGGGUAUCGCUUACGGGAGAUCAUGGUCUUCGGCUUUGGGCAAGGUGGGAUGGCUGGGUUGGCGUUGGCGAGGGAGCUCGGGAUUGCGAGUAAGGGGUCCGGUGGUGGUGGUGGUGGUGAGGCUUGGAAGGGAGAGGUUGGGCCGCUGUCUGGUGCUGUUUCUAUCGGGGCACCGUAUUCGGUUGAUGGCUCGAGGGUUGGUAAAAAUCGCUCGCCUGUCUUGCUUGUGGCGGGCAGGGACUCGGUUGCUGUUUCGGAUGAUGCGGUGCGUAGGACUAAGUUGGUCUUUGAGUUUGUGGAGCUUAGUCGGUAUGCUCGCAGAGGUGAUGGCAUGCCUUCGUCGAGAGAGGAGAUGUUGCCUAUUAUGCAGUUCUUUGCUAGGACGUUGAGGAGUAGGCAGGGUGUUCCUGAGGGGAGCGUGGAGUUGAGUUGA